AAGCUACGUUUGACGCAAAAAAACACAUCGCGAGCAGGCUGAUACCUCGCUCCACCACCAACCAACUGCGCUGUAACAAAGACCAGCUACAACCAUGCUCGGCCGAGCCACCAGAGCCGUAGCGCGCAAUGCACAACAAACGAGGGCCUUCAUGGCUUUCGCCGAGGACCACGACCAGAUAAGGGACGUGGCGCGCGGCUUCGCGGAAGAGCGGCUCAUGCCCAUCGCGGGCGAGACCGACCGCCUCCACAAGUUCCCGCGCGAAGCUGUGAAUGAAUUAGCGGAGUUGGGAUUUAUGGGCAUGAUGGUCAGUGAAGAGGACAAUGGCGGCGGCAUGGACGCUGUCAGCUAUGCGGUAGCUCUGGAGGAGAUCUCGCGAGGGUGCGCUUCAGCUGGCGUGAUCAUGUCGGCCAACAACUCUUUGUACUGCGCUCCCGUGUCAGCGAAUGCGACGUCCCAGCAACAAAAAGAUGAAUUCCUGAAGCCCUACGCGUCUGGCGAGAAGAUUGGUUGUUUUGCAUUAUCCGAGCCGGGCAACGGUAGUGAUGCGGGCGCCGCCAGUACGACAGCUAAAGAUGCGGGAGACCACUUCGUACUCAACGGCACGAAGGCCUGGAUCACCAAUGCGUUAGAAGCGGACGCUGCCGUUGUUUUCGCGACGACCGAUAAAUCAUUGAAGCACAAGGGCAUCUCGGCCUUUGUUGUAGACAGAUCAACACCAGGCUUCUCGGUCGGCGCGCCGGAGGACAAGUUGGGAAUCAGAGGCUCCUCGACAGCCAAUCUCAUCUUCGAGGACUGCAAGAUCCCGAAAACAGCUCUCCUAGGCAAGGAGGGGGAUGGCUUCAAGAUCGCGAUGCAGACCCUCGACGGUGGUCGUAUUGGUAUCGCGGCCCAGGCGUGUGGCAUUGCCCAGGCGUCGCUGGACAUUGCGGCGACGUAUGCGGCGGAACGGCAGGCCUUCGGCAAGCCGAUCAAAGCCCUCUACGCGAUCCAAGAGAAGCUGUCGAAGAUGGCCUGUCAAUUGGAAUCGGCUCGUCUGUUAACGUGGCGGGCCGCGGCCUACAAAGAUGCGGGGAGGAACUACACGAAGGAGGCCGCGAUGGCCAAGCUCGUAGCUUCGGAGGCGGCUACCUACAACGCCCACCAGGCGAUCCAGGUCCUAGGCGGCAUGGGCUAUGUGAGUGACAUGCCUGCGGAACGGUAUUACCGAGACGCGCGCAUCACGGAGAUCUACGAGGGCACGUCGGAGAUCCAGCACGUUGUGGUGGCGCUGAACCUGCUCAAGGAGUAUGCCGCGGAGGCGACGACGCUCCCGGCCGGCUCCAAGGACGAGGGCCACGCCGCCCAGGAGAUUGCUGCCUAGAUAUAGAUCCGAUUCCCCCCGACUAAUUUCACACAUUGUUACACGA